AUGCGUGUCUUGAUGUUCAAUCUCCUGUCACAUUGUGAGUCGCUAGAAAGGCUCCUUCAGGAGCUCCAGGACACGGUAGACUCCACUGGGCUCACGACACCAUUCCCGACAUGGAAAGAAGUCAAGGACCUCCCGUAUCUAGAUGCCUGCGUCAAUGAGGCGCUCCGUUUGCAACCACCGGUCUGUCUACCCUUCGAGCGUGUUGCUCCUCGAGGGGGUAUUACGCUGUGCGGGAGAUACUUCAAAGAAGGUACUAUUCUGGGCAUGAAUCCGUAUGUUGUCCACAGACACCGUCCAACAUUCGGACAAGACGCCGACAAAUGGAGACCGGAACGAUGGUUGCAUAAUGGGCCGGAGCAUCGGAGGAUGCUUGAUGCGAGCUUGUUGAGCUGGGUGAUUGAUGUCCUCGAAGAGCUUCCGGCGUACUGGGAGCUACUAGCAAAGGAAAUCCCGGCCCUAUGCCAUUGUUAUGGCGCAUCAAAGCUCCGUGAUUUGAAGGGAUGGUUUCAAACCGGCAACAUCCCGGCUGACGCUUUUCCACUUCCGAACAUUCUUCUUGUGCCUUCUGCUAUUGUCAUGCAGCUUGUGGAAUAUCAGCGAUUUGCCAAACUUGCAAACGUUGGGAGGAAGCAUUCCGAAGCCUACUACGGCAACACAGAAGCCUUUGGGCUGUGUACGGGGCUCCUGAGUGCACUCGCCGUGGCUCAGUCCACCACCCAAGAAGAGCUACAUCAAUAUGGUGCUGUAGCCAUCCGCCUGGCCAUGGUUGUUGGGGCUACUGUGGACGCCGAGGACACAGCUAUAAGAUUUACAGCAUGUCAGUCACAGGCCUACGCGUCCGUUCUCUUCGAUAAGCGACGCGGCGCGUCCGCCUCUUUAUUGCAGAGCCUCCACGAGGUUCCAGGAUUGCACGGGCGAUUUCACCACGUGUGCCAUCAGGAAGUCCUGGGCCGCCUUGCAGAGUUCUACGAUUCUGGUCCACCGAUUUCUCUGCGCGUCGGCUGUGCGAAGCCCGAACAAGGAGAGCAGAAACUACAUAUCCUGGCCCUACGGUCUAUACUGGUUGACCAGUCCCUAUGGUAUGAAGCCUUCCGUGAAAUCCAAAGUCUGAUAUUGUCAAGCGAAAGUUCACGCCUGGUCUGUUUCGGGCAAGAGCGAUCCAUUCCACCCUCACUUCAGCAAGCAAUCUCUUCUCGAAUUGUCCACCCGACUGAGCUCCUGGUACCAGCCAAGGCAUGCGCAGAUCCAUAUCAGUCUACCAAAAUAUCCUACAGGGGUUGCAAUGGCUCAGUCAACCACCAUGCAGUUGCUGUGGUCGGUAUGGCAUGCGAGGUCCCUGGAGCAACGGAUCUGGAUGAAUUUGCAGCCCUAUUGAAGCAGGGCAAGUCGCAGCAUGUGGAAGUCCCCAGCGAGCGAGUGGACUUCUACACCCCAUGGCGCGAGACUGACAGUAAGCGCCGCUGGUAUGGAAAUUUCCUGGAUAACUAUGACAUGUUUGAUCACAAGUUUUUCAACAAGACGGCGCGCGAGAUGGCUUCUACCGAUCCCCAACAUCGGCUUGUUUUGCAGGUGGCGUACCAAGCAUUGCAACAAGCGGGUUACUUCCGCUGGAAAGAUGCUGAUAAAAACAUCGGCUGCUUUAUUGCGAUGGGUUUAACCGAUUAUGAGCAGAACGUUGCUUGCCACCCGCCUAAUGCAUAUUCUGCUACGGGGAAUCUCAGGAGCUUCGCUGCUGGCCGUAUCAGUCACUAUUUCGGCUGGACAGGGCCCGCAUUGGUCAUUGAUACCGCUUGUUCUUCCUCGGCAGUCGCUGUCCAUCAAGCAUGUCAAGCCUUGAAGAGCGGAGAAUGUUCUGCUGCACUCGUUUGCGGAGUGAGUCUUAUGACAAGUCCGCAAUGGUUUCAGAACCUCGCUGGAGCCUCGUUUCUUAGCCCAACAGGGCAAUGCAAGCCAUUCGACGCUGCUGCAGAUGGAUACUGUCGGGGAGAGGCGGUGGGUGCUGUGUUCCUGAAAAGCUAUCAGAAUGCUGUGAGCCACCAUGAUCAAAUCCUGGGUCUCAUCGCCGGUUCAGCCGUCUCCCAAAAUCGCAAUUGCACCCCCAUUACGGUCCCAAACGCCGCCAGCCUUUCGGAUCUUUACCGCUCUGUGAUCGAAAAAGCCGGUCUGGAGCCAAGCUCCAUAUCCGUCGUCGAGGCACACGGAACAGGCACUCCGGUGGGUGAUCCCGCAGAAUUUGACAGUGUCCGCCAAGUAUUCAGUGGCCAGGAGAGAAUUGGCCGGCUGCAUCUUGGAUCUGUUAAGGGGCUUGUUGGGCAUAGUGAGGCAGCCGCAGGGAUUGUCUCUCUGAUCAAAGUCAUCCUGAUGAUGCAUGAGCGCUUCAUUCCGCCACAGUCUAGCUUCGAUACAAUCAAUCCAGCAAUUAAACGGUCAGCGAACGAUCAAAUUGAGAUCACCAAGAAUCUGCAACCAUGGACCUCCGACUUUUAUGCUGCGCUCGUUAAUAGUUACGGCGCCUCGGGAUCGAAUGCCUCGCUGGUUCUCACAGGGUCCCCCGUACGUUUGACCGAAACGGAAGACAAUGGUUAUGCGGAAGCUGCUAAUGUGAAAUACCCCUUUCGCAUAUACGGUUUCGACACGCCUAGUCUUCAGAGAUAUGUAACUCGGUUCCGCCGAUAUCUGAGUACCGCAGGACAACAUGUUUCUGUCGCUGGCCUGGCCCACCAAUUGGCGUUGCAGUCAAAUCCGACACUUCCUUACGCGCUAGGGUUUUCCGCCAGAACCAAGGAGGAAUUAAUCGAUAAGCUAGGUAUCAUCGAAAGUGGUGCUCAGGCCCCUGCAGCAGUCCGGACGGAUGGAGCGAGGCCGGUCAUUCUAUGCUUUGGGGGUCAAAUUUCAAGAUACAUCGGGCUCGACCGAGACAUAUACUAUCAUAUAGAUAUUUUCCGCCAAUAUCUAGACCGAUGCAACGCAUACUGUGAGAAGCUUGGUCUUGGUAGCAUCUUCCCGGGGAUCUUUCAACGCGCGCCAGUGGAAGAUAUCGUGAAACUCCAGACGAUGCUCUUCGCCCUCCAAUAUACUUGCGCCAAAUGCUGGCUGGAUUGUGGAGUCUCAGUUGCGGCAGUGGUUGGCCACAGCUUUGGGGAAUUGACCGCUCUUUGCAUCUCCGGUGCCAUUUUUUUGGAAGAUGCUCUUCUCGCCAUCGCUGGACGGGCCCGUCUGAUCCAGGAGUACUGGGGUGCGGACAAAGGAUCUAUGUUGGCUGUCGAGGGAGACUUGGCUGUGGUGAAGGAGCUGCUAGCUACUGCGAAUGCUACAGCAGAGCCCUCCCCUCCUGCAAAUAUCGCUUGCUUCAAUGCGCCGCGCAUAUUCACCUUGGCAGGUCCCACACAUUCCAUCAAUGUGGUCUUCGACAUGGCCCGCGGACCCAAGUAUGCAUCACUUGUUAGGGCUAAGAAAUUAGAGGUCACGAAUGCGUUCCAUUCUGCUUUAGUUGACCCUCUUGCGACACAUUUGCAAAAGCUGGGGCAGAACCUGAUGUUCCAGGCCCCGAAGAUCCAUAUCGAGCGAGCAACUGCAGAGGCCGAGUUUAUCUCUCCAGGUGUCCAGUCAGACAUAUUGCUGAAUCAUAUGAGAAACCCAGUAUACUUCCACCAUGCGGCCAAGCGCCUGGCCCAGCGAUAUCCGUUCAGUGUUUGGGUGGAAGCCGGAGCAAACUCAUCGAUUACGUCCAUGGCCCGCCAAGCACUGGGGGAUCUUUGUGAACAUUCUCAACAUGCGUUUCAGUCGUUGAAUAUUACCAGCGGUGCAGGAGUGGGAUUCAACUCCCUUGUGGAUGCGACGACGUCCUUGUGGAAUGAAGGCCUGAAUAUCGUCUUUUGGGGUCACUGUUCGACCGAACCGGGGAGGUACAACCCUCUCCUACUGCCGCCAUAUCAGUUUGCAAAGACGCGCAAUUGGAUGGAGAUUACCAGACGGAAUAUCCCAGCCGUCGGCAAAGCCGACGCACUGGCGUCUGCAGGACAAAACAUUGACGAUGUCAAUCGCCUAUGGAAACUCGUUAUCUCCGAGGAAGAUGGACGUCGCUCGGCCCGCUUUGAGAUCAAUUCUUCGUCUCAAGUCUUCCGCGACUACUUAUUGGGACAUGUCGUCGCCCAGAAAGCGCCCCUAGCAACUAGCGUGUUGCAGUUGCAGAUCGCCCUGGAAGCAGUGGCAAGUUUACGGUCUGACUUUCAGGACGGUACGUUUCUCCCAGCUCUCAGAGGUCUGAACAGUCAUGCUCCUAUGCUUUUGGAUGCGACAAGGCGUUUCUGGGUCGAUGCGGAGGCUCAGGAUGCUGGUGGCCUUACGUGGGACCUCAAGGUGAACAGCGGAGCGAGUGAUGGCAGUGGACCAACCACGAAACAUACGUCGGGACGCAUUGUGUUUGAAAAGGCGGAUGAUCCCGAAAAGCUGGCAGAGCUUUCGAGGUACAAACGUGUGAUGAACAGUACACGGUGCCUGAGCAUGUUAAAUGCCGGCGACAACGACAGCAUCAUGCAAGGUCCCGGCAUUUAUCGGGCCUUUAAUGAUGUGGUCCAGUAUUCCCCGGCGUAUCGGGGGCUGCAGAAGAUUGUUGGGAAGGGGGCAGAGUCGGCAGGGAGAGUGGUAAUGAGCCCACCGGAAGGGGGAUGCAUCGACACUGGCCUGUUCGACUCCUUCUGCCAGGUGGCCGGUAUCUAUCUGAACUGUAUGACCGACAUGCCGGAGCAAUACAUGUUCAUCUCGACCAACAUUGAACGAUGGAUGCGGGCGCCUACACUACACUCGCGAGAGAGAUGGCCUACGUCAUUCGAUGUGCAUGUGUGCCAUGAGUAUCAGUGUGACAGCGAAGUCUUGAGCGACGUUUUUGUGUUCGACGCGCAGAGCGGAGACUUGUUCGAAGUUAUCCUCGGCAUACGCUAUAGUCGCAUUUUGAAGGAGCGAAUGCGCCAAGUGCUGCACCAAGCCAUACCUGCCCCAGAAGGCAGUUCCCGCCUUCCAGCAGAUGAGCCAGAUCCAGUCAAGGACAUGCCCCAUAAGCCAGUAGUGGAUGGGAGAGGCAAGGAGUCCUCUCAGACGGGAGUAUGGACGCAACUCCAAGGGAUGCUCUGUGAUCUUUGUGGCCUGGAACCGGAUGAAGUCAGACAGGACUCGCAACUGGGAGACAUCGGCGUCGAUUCACUCCUGGGAAUGGAACUGGCAAGAGAGAUAGAAAGUCUUUUCCAGUGUAUGCUGAAUCAGGAUGCACUCAAUGAAGCUGUGGAUGUGGCUGAUCUUCUUCGGUGCAUUGAGGAAACUCUUGGUGUGAAACCCAUUACACAGAAUGGCUCGACAGAGAAGGCGGCCGCAUCUACUUUCAAAGUAUCCAACGGAGACAGCAUGGACUCCAAAGGCUGUCAGAACGGUGUGGAAAUGUCUUUUGGUUCAACAAACACCGGCAUUUCAGUCAACAGGCUACCAAGACAGGCGCUUUCAGCCGCGAAAGGCUCUAUUGCCGCAGUCGCUACAGAAGUAUUUGCCAGCACCAAGGAGGCCACCGAUUCGUUCAUUGAAACCUAUGGCCUGGCUGACUAUCUUGAUCAAGUCCUGCCGAGGUCGACGGAGCUGGUUGUGGCUCAUAUUCUGGAAGCAUUGGAGGCCUUAGGAUGUCCCGUCGGUGCAGUACCGCCGGGCGGACGCCUGCCCAAAGUGACGUAUCUCCCAAAGCAUGAGAGAUUCAUGAAUCUUUUGUACGGACUCUUGGAAAAAGCGCGGCUCAUUGAGAUACAUGACAAGGGCACGUCCCUCAUUCGGACAGCCAACCCGUUGCCCUCGACGUCAGCCGAAGCCCUGGCCAGAGAACUUUUUAGCGACUACCCCGAGCACAUUUCCGACCAUCAGCUUACGCACUACACGGGGAAGAACCUAUCCGACUGCCUCGUCGGUCAGGCCGAUAUCCUGCAGAUUCUCUUCGGCUCGCCGGAAUGCCGCACGAUCAUGACCAAUAUGUACAGCCGCUCACCAGUCAACCUGGUGUGGAUCAAGCAGAUGCAGUCCUUCCUGGAGGGUGUCUGGACCCAGUUCCGUUCGAACGAUGGGCCCGUCCGGAUCUUCGAAAUGGGAGCCGGUACUGGGGCUACGACUGAAGCCAUUGCGUCUCUUAUCGCCCGUCUGGGAAUCCCAGCGGUAUACACCGUAACUGACAUCUCCACCUCGUUUAUUGCCAGAGCGCGGAAGAGAUUCAAGCAAUACCCCUUCAUGGAGUUCCGGGCGCAUGACAUCGAGAAGGCACCACCACCGGAGCUGCAGAACAGCCAGCACGUUGUCCUAGCUACCAAUGCCGUCCAUGCAACGCACAGUCUUUCCCAGUCCGCUGCCAGUAUCCGACAAUUCCUAAGGCAGGACGGCUUCUUGGUGUUGCUCGAGGAGACCCGCCCUCUGCCAUGGGUGGACCUUGUUUACGGAUUAGUGGAUAGCUGGUGGCUGUUUGAUGACGGGCGAGAGCACGCGCUGGCGCCUCCAGAUGUGUGGAAGCAGGCAUUGAACAAGGCUGGCUAUCGCACGAUUCAGUGGACGGAUGGGAGUCGUCCUGAAGCAAGCAUCCAGCUUUCGAGUUCGCAAUACAAGCGAGGUAAUUCAAAGCCACACUUCCUUGGAAGCUAUGGUUUGAGUGAGGCUCGGCUCAUCUCACAGUCUUCCGAAUUGCGUGUUCCACCUCCUGUCUAA